AUGCUGUUUUCUGAGCGUCGUCAGUUGCUCGUCCAGGCUGGGGGAGGCGGAAGCAGCAGAUGUGAUUGGUCAGCGGCCAAGGGAACGUUAGAGUCAGCGACGGGUGCGGCAAGCGAGGCAGCAGUAUGUACAGGUUCCGGCAUGCAUGGCAUCGAGCCGGGCGGCUGGCGUCAUCGUCAGUUGAAGAGCAGGAGUAAUACCGGAGGUACCAGUGGCGCGAAUCGCGGCCGACUGUACAGCGGGCAGGGCAGCGGUAGGCUCGGCAGCGGCAGGCUCGGAAGCGGCAGUCGAGACAGCAGCGGGUACUGCAGAGGCAGGCAUGUAAACCGCGGGCACGGCAGCAGCGGGUACGGCAAGCAAGGCAGCCGCAUGCAUGGCGGACAUGUAAGAGGCGGGCACAGCAAAGGCGGGUACGACAGCGAAGGGCACGGCAACAGCGGGUGCGGCAACGACGUCAAUGGCAGCGGCGGGUACAUCGGCCACAGGUACUGCAGCGGCAGCCACAGCAGGGGUUGCGGCAGCAGCGGGCACUGCUGCGGCGGGUACAGCGGCAACAGGUACUGCAGCAGCAGGCACAACAGGGGUGCGGCAGCAGUGGGUCGGGCAGCGGCGGGCACAGCGGCAUCAGUGGAUAUGACGAUGGGUACGGCAGCAGGAGACACGGCAACGGGGUCAGCGGCAGCGGCAGUGCUCAAUGAUGCGUGCAUUCGGCGAAUUUGCACGAGUGUGGCGGACAGCGGUACUUCAACUCCGCUUGCGCGGAGAGCUCUCACCAUCUCCUCUUUGGUAAUUCCCCAUCGUGGAGCUGGUCAGGACAAUUUGACCUGA